ACACUUCAAAACCUACUGCGUUUUGCUGUGGAAGCGUGCUAGCCACUGACUGCGAGCAGAAUGUUAUUGGUUACGUUUUAACGCGUGUUAGAAUUUUCAGUCUUUCGAAAGUAAACUUAGAAACAGAAACGCAAUAAUGACAGUCAAUAAACAAAAAAACAACGGUUUUAAAGUAAUUUGGAUACGAUAUGAGGACCAGGGCUUAGAUCGGCAUCAGAUAUUUGUUAAGGAACACUCUCUGCGGAGACAACAAGCUGAGUAUCCUAAAGGACGUACGCUGUUCAUAUUGAAUAUCCCACCUUAUGUCGUAGCUGAAAGUCUCCAAAGGGCUUUUUCAACAUCUUGUGGCAAAGUUCAAUCAGUUAGUUUUGCGCUGCGAUCUGAUCAAUCUCUGAAUGGAUUUAAAGUUUGUUAUGUUGUCUUUGACCAAGAGGCUGGAUUGGAUAAGGCGUUGUUAUUGCGUGAAAAUUAUGUCUUGACCUUACAUUCUCCUGAAACUUCUAUUAAUGGUAUUUCAAAAUGGUCCAAAGAAUACAACAACUCUGUCUGCAAUGAAAAAGAGACUCAGAACGAAAUAGAAGAAUACAUGCACAAAUAUGAUCAGGGCAUAACUGACCGACUGAUGCAAGAGAAUACCAAAGGAGAAAAUGAGGGAGAUGGAUGGGUGACGGUGUCUGGGCAGAAAAAAAGAGGACAGCGAGCGAUUAUACGAACUGAAUCAGCGAUUGGCAAAAUCCGACAAAAACAGGCUGCCAGUAACAAAAAAAAGGAACUACUUCAUUUUUACACCUUUCAGAUCCGAGAGUCGAAGAAACAAAAUUUGGCAGAGCUGCGUAAAAAAUUUGAGCAAGACAAGGAUAAGUUACAGCUACUUAAGACUAAGCGAACAUUCAAACCAUUUUAACUAUUAAUCGAACAAUCAGCAAAAAUGUAAAUUAUCUAGAAAUAUAUUUUAUAUGAAUUUCAUCAA